UGUAUUUGAAAUAUAUUUUAGCUAAAUGCAUGUGUAAGAAUGGAGGUGAUUGCAUUGUUAAGGACGGACGGCCAUUUUGUAAUUGUACAGAUGGUUACUAUGGCGACAGAUGUGAGAAAUCUAACUGCACUCUGAAAUGUUACAAUGGAGGUUGGUGCUACAGAUAUGGCAGUAACGAGUUUUGCUGGUGCCCACGUAGGUUCAUCGGAGACCAGUGUCAACAACAUUACAAGAAUCCAGACACGUGUCCUCUGCCAAAAGAAGAUGAUGGCACGUGUCAGUGUCAGUGCUCGAGGAACUCUCAUUGUAAGGAAGACGAGGUUUGUUGUAAGGAGGGAUGUAGCUCGUUUUGCCGCAAGAAGAAGCAAGACUUCUGUGAAUAUGAAGGGAAAACUUACGCCAUUAACUCAACAUACAGUCCCUCUCCUUGCACGAACUGUACAUGCGAUGCAAAUGCCGAAAUGGUAUGCUAUUCAAUAUCAUGCGCUAUUCCACGAUGUCUGUACGGUGAGCCGGAAACGCUGCCUGGACAAUGCUGUCCAUCUUGUCCAGACAAACCGGAUCCGCCAACAAUCAGCAACUGCCCAACAAGUGUUUUAAGUGUUGAUGUCUCAAUCGACAGCGGAUCCGCAAUUCUGAGAAAAAGUAUAACUACUAUAAAUGCGUAUGACUCCGACGGAAAUAAAUUAAAGGUGAAGUAUCAACCAAGGAAAGUGUAUCACUGUCAGUGUUGGUCCCCUAAACCAAUCUCUGUUCAAGCUUAUACCGAAGAUGAUCUAGGUGGAACAGCUUCCUGCUCUUUUAAUGUCACUGUUAAAGAUCCACACCCUCCGCGAUUUUAUAACUGUCCAAAGGAUAUCCAUGUCGUAGAAAAUACUUCAGUUCGUUGGAAUGAACCUUCAUAUGAAGAUAACGUUGGAAUUGGACGAUUCAUAGGACCAGGUCUGUCAGGUAGUAUAUUCCCUGUUGGAUCGCAUAACAUGACUUACCAAGUUUGGGACUUUGACGGCAACACAGCGUCAUGUGUAUUCAGCAUCUACGUGGUCCAAAGAGGCCCGCCGAAACUGUACCAUUGCCCAGCUGACGUCAUACGUCUGAACACGUCAUUGAACACUAACUUUGCCGUCAUCAAAGACACAGCAAUAGGUCUACAAGCUUAUGACAUUGACGGCAACAAGUUACAUGUGACAUAUCAACCGCAGACGAUAGACCAUUGUAAAUGUUCGGACUCUCAUAAAGCAAACUUUGAAGUUUCUGCAAUGGCUGUAGAUGACUAUGGGAAGGUUGCAAGAUGUAACUUUACGGUAACAGUACGAGAUAUUUUCCCGCCAAAAGUCUCCUUCUGUCCAGACGAUAUCAGUGUCCUAGAAGGAGACGUGGUCACGUGGAAAGAUCCAGUGUUUGUAGAUAAUGUAGGGAUUGCACAGAACUAUGUCAAUAUGGAGAAAGGGACAUCAUACCCUGUAGGAAGGCACACUGUAGUGUACAGUGUGAAGGAUUAUGACCGGAAUGAGGCCUCGUGCAGCUUUGAAAUUAUUGUAGACAAAGCGAAACCGGAUCCACCGAAAAUACAUAAUUGUCCCGUGAACGUCGUUCAGUUGAACACAUCAUACAUGAGUGAUUAUGCCAUCGUCGAUAACAGAAAUACUGUCACAUCUGGUAUAUUUGCGCUUGACGCUGACGGCAAUUAUUUACAGAUAAAAUAUUCACCAGAGAAAGUUUACCACUGUAAAUGUUCUUCCUAUAAUACUGUAACGACCACUAUUUUUGCCGAGGCCGUUGAUAGUCAUGGCAACAAGGACACCUGUCAAUUCAAAGUCGUCGUCAAAGAUAUCUACAAACCUGUUUUUACCUCUUGUCCCAGCCAUAUUUAUGUAUCGGAAAAUGAGCGGGUUACUUGGCAAGAACCUACCUAUUAUGACAACGUGGGAGUAUUGGACAUGUCCCGUUCGGGUUAUGAGAGUGGUCAGGUACCACCUGCGGGCAACCAUACUGUUUAUUAUAAAGUAUGGGACUUCCAGUAUAACACCGCCAUAUGCAAGUUUAAUAUUACUGUUACAAAAGAACCGCCAAAGCCGCCGAAGAUAUUGAACUGUCCCAUAAAAGUUCUGUCCUUGAACACCGCUUUCAACAGUGAUGAAGCAAAACUAAGUGAAGACGUCACUACUAUCAAAGCUUACGAUAACGAAGGAAGUAAACUUAAGGUAAACUACCAACCUGCAGCUGUACGUCAUUGUUACUGUUUCAAUACCCACACAACAGAAACAACAGUUAUUGCAUGGGCCGUUGAUGAUGCGGGAGUCAAGGAAACAUGCGAAUUUAAUGUAACCGUUUCCGAUAAACAGGCGCCAGUUAUCACAAAGUGUCCUGGAGAUAUAGAAAGAUAUGAAGGAGAAACGAUUGAUGAUGUGCGGCGGCAACCAGUAGAAUUUCAAGAUAACGUCAAGGUUGCAAACGAUUAUUGGAGCAUACAAACUAUUGACACAUUCACCCCUGGAAAACAUAAUGUUUCCUUUGAAAUUUGGGAUUAUGAUUAUAAUAAUGCAAGAUGUAACUUUACUGUGACCGUCACCAGACGUAAAGUGCCCAAGAUUAAGAAUUGCCCUCCGAAUGACUUAUUCUUGAGUGCACCCAGCAAUGGUAAUUCUGUGAUGUUGAGUGAAAGCACUACCUCCAUAGAAGCAUAUGAUGGUGAUGGAAACAAGUUAAUGGUAAAUUACAAGCCUGCGUCUGUCCGCCAUUGUUUCUGUGGCAUAUCGACAUCAAACUAUACGCGUGUAGAGGCGUCUGCUACUGAUUCGGCUGGCAAUGCUGUGUCAUGUUCUUUUAGAGCAUUUGUUCUAGAUGAAGUGAAGCCCGUCUUCACGUAUUGUCCGGGGAACAUGAUUGUCCGAGAAAACACGGUGGUGUCUUGGCGUGAGCCAGUAUAUCAUGAUAACGUUGCCGUGGUAAACAAAUCAAUCUCCGGCUGGAAGCGUGACACGGUGUUUCCUGUCGGCAGACACAAGAUUGUUUAUGAAAUCUGGGACUUUGACGGGAACUCCGCCACAUGUCAAUUUAGCGUCGUCGUUAUACAAGAAUGCACUUUGGAAUGUCAAAAUGGAGGAAGGUGUUACCGCCAGGGAAAUGAUCAGUUAUGUAUAUGUACACCAGAUUAUAUUGGAACCUACUGCGAAAAUAAAUGUAACAGUUUCUUAUUCCUUUCUUUAUUUACUUGUUCAUUUAUUUAUUCUUUAAGGAUUUUUGACAUGUUUGGCAUUCAUUUGUUAUUUUCAUUGCUUGGCGCAUAUUUGUCAUAUUAUAAAAGACCCGUAUAACAACCGCGUCCAUGG